AUGAAAUUACGACAGCCAGGGCCGCAAAUCUUGCUGCUUCUCCUGCCCGCUCUACAAGUCCUUGCUACACCCAGCCCAGUUGACACCACCACCAACAAACGACUCGCGCGAGCAGCCGCACCCGCUUCCGCUGACGCCACCCUUCUCGCCGAACUCCCUCUUGCAUCCCCGACAGUUGCAAAAGGCACCAAAGAUGCACCCGUCGACGGCCACGAUGGCUUGCCUCAUCACGGCCCAUAUGUUGCCGACGUACCCAAGGCUCAUGGCAAAGCUCCAAAUGUCGUAGAGGACCUAGGGGCGGCGAAGAAGCCAACAGUCUCAUCCAGCACCGUUCUGGUCGACGAUGUGCUGGAUGGUGACAAGAGCGUCAUGCAAGAUCCCACACGGAAACUGGCUACGGGCAGCAAAGGCACCGAGGGUGGUGUUUCUGCAAAGGACAAGGAGCGUUUGGCGCAUGAAGAAAAGACGGGUUCGAAGAUGGAACAAGUUCCUGAAUCGCCCAAAGAGGCGCCUCCUCACCCAAGCGACCAGAAGCAAUUAAAGGGAGAUGCAGGAGAUGCAGCAACUUCUUCGCGCGUACUCGGCGCAGGCGGAUUGGAGAAACCCACCGACCUUCCCGAGUCUCCUCAUGACAACCCCCUCCCCGUUCCAAACUCAGUUUCCAGCAAAGAUCCAUUAGACACUUCUUCUUCAUCCAAGACACCCUCUUUGACACCUGGCGGGGAUGCCGACGCCGGCGUUGUACAGCCCUUCCACUCCUUGAUCCUUGCCUUUACUAUGAUUAUAUUCUCGGAAAUCGGUGACAAGACGUUCCUUGUUGCAGCUCUCAUGGCCAUGCGACACCCACGGUUACUCGUCUUCUCUGCCGCUUUCUCUGCUCUGGUAGUCAUGACAGUGCUUUCUGCCGUCAUGGGCCAUGCCGUCCCUGCACUCCUGUCUGAACGCUUUACGCAUUUUGCCGCCGCCGCUCUCUUCCUCGUCUUCGGCGUAAGGCUCAUCAAGGAAGGUCUCGCCAUGAGCCCAGAUGAAGGUGUUGGAGAAGAGAUGCGAGAGGUGGAGCAGGAAUUGGAAGAAAAGGAGCAGCUUGCACGACACCAGGGCCGCCGAAAGGCUUCCGUCUCUCCCUAUGCUUUGGAGUCUGGCCGUGGUGUACGACGCUCACGAUCGAAUUCGCGACUACCCGCACCUGCUCGAAGCCCCUCCAGCUCACCCGACCGCAUGCCGUCUCCACGCGGAGGCUCAAUGUCCAGCACAAUGGGUGCUGUCAACAACCUAUUUUCUUUGCUUCUCAGUCCCGCUUGGGUUCAGACGUUUGUCAUGACAUUCCUCGGAGAAUGGGGCGACCGUAGUCAGAUUGCCACAGUUGCCAUGGCUGCUGGUUCAGACUACUGGUAUGUCACUGCUGGUGCCGUGGUAGGCCAUGGCCUGUGUACUGCAGGUGCCGUCAUUGGGGGCCGUGCCAUCGCUGGCCGCAUUAGUAUGCGCAAUGUGACUCUUGGUGGCGCGAUUGCCUUCCUCGUCUUUGGUGUCAUCUACCUUUUCGAAGCAUUUUACCUCUCUUAG